GGGGAGGACGCUUUUCCGAAGUGAUCUCUACGUCUAAUAUCUGUCGAGUGUCCAACGUCAAACCAACUUCACCGCGAUGCUGGAUCGCGCCUCCCACACAGGAAAUUGCGGUUGCUAAGCAAGGUCCACAUCCACGGUGCAAAGUUUGCAGACGCGAGCCCCGUCAGUCCUUCAGCUCCGGCGUUCAGUCACUGUUUCUUGCGAGCGUUUCCCUGGAGAAAGGUCCCGGUGACGAGAGAAAAGACACAAGAUGUCUGUCGCGGGACUGAAGAAGCAGUUUUACAAAGCCAGUCAGCUGGUCAGUGAAAAAGUUGGAGGUGCUGAGGGAACCAAACUUGAUGAUGACUUCAAAGACCUUGAAAGGAAAGCUGAUCUUACCAGCAAAGCAGUGGUGGAGCUCAUGAAUAAAACCUCCGAGUACCUGCAGCCCAACCCUGCCACCAGAGCAAAACUGUCGAUGCUCAACACUGUGUCCAAAAUCCGAGGACAGGUCAAUAGUCCUGGCUACGCACAGCCAGAGGGUCUCCUGGGGGAGAGCAUGACUAAGUUUGGAAAAGAGAUGGGAGACAGCAACAACUUUGGUGGCGCUCUGGUUGAAGUCGGGGAGUCAAUGAAGAGGUUGGCAGAGAUCAAAGAUUCUCUGGACAUCGAUGUCAAGCAGAAUUUUAUCGACCCACUACAGGCUUUCGCUGACAAAGACAUCAAAGACAUACAGCAUCACCUGAAGAAGUUGGAAAGCCGUCGUCUGGACUACGAUUACAAAAAGAAGCGACAGGGUAAAAUCCCAGACGAAGAAGUCAGACAGGCCCUGGAGAAGUUUCACGAGUCCAUUGAACUGGCCUCUGGCUCAAUGCACCACAUGCUGGAGUCUGAUGUGGAGCAUGUUACCCAGCUCUCAUGUCUGGUGGACCACCUGCUGCAGUACCACAGGGAGUCUGCCACCAUACUGGAGGACCUCUCUGGAAGACUUCAAAUGAGGAUAACCGAAGCCAAUUCACGACCACGUCAGCAAUACGUCCCCAAAUCCAGACCGUCUUUUGACUAUGGAGAGGCGGAUCAUUCCAACGGUGGUUAUUCAUCCAACGCUACGAGUCCUCCAGCGUACUCCUCAGGUCCUCAAGGACAAUUAACAGGUCCCUCCUUCCAGCGAGCCUCAACCAGGAACCGACAGCAGCCAUGCUGUCAAGCUCUGUACGACUUUGAGCCGGAGAACGAGGGAGAGCUGGGCUUCAAAGAAGGGGACGUCAUCACCUUGACCAGUCAGAUCGAUGAGAACUGGAUGGAGGGAACCUUGCGUGGCCAGACAGGCUUCUUCCCCAUCUCCUUUGUCAACAUAACCGUGCCUCUUCCCAACUAGAAGACAAACCUGAGUGGGUGACCUCCAGAGACAAAAGCGUCUCAGAGGUAUUGGAUUCUUGAGCAUGUUAUUGAGAUUUAAAGGUGUACCUUGUAUCAGACUUUUCUAAAAUGUAGUUUAAUAUUAUAUUAUCUAAGACCUGCCUUGCUCUUUGUAUUGUACACUAAUAUUCCAGUCAUUACUUGUUUACUGUACACGGAGCGAACAUGGUGGACCAGCAGCCUUCCUUGGUCUGCUUACAUGUUCCUCUACUGCCACCAGCAGGUACCGGCCAACACUUCCAGUGGCAGCCACCGAGACAUAUCUCUCAUGUUAUGAUGACUCUUGGUAGUUUUAUGUUAAUCUCCUCUCAUAUUUUUUUAAUUCUUACUAUCACUGUGUAUCUUUGUUUCAGCUUUUUUGUUAAUUUUUCAAUGAAAUACCUUCAGUAUCAUGGUAGACACACCGUUUGAAAGGACACAAGGCUGCGAGCUAAUAUUCCUCAGCUCCUCUGAGGCUCUAUCGAUGCUGCUGGCAGCGUCAUGAUCUGUGCUGCCCUCUUGUGCGGGGAUGAUUUCUCUGUCCUUUCCUUCUCUUUUCGGACAUGGGUUUCAAACUGGAUCUGCACGACAGAAAAUGCAGCUUGACUAGUAUUGUGUGGACUAUUCUCAAUGGCUCCGUUACCAACGAUGAUGUCUCAGUUUUGAAACUUUGUUUGUCACGUUCCUCUUGUCUGCACAACUCAACUGUCCUGUCCUUUUGCGCCCCUCGAGUGGAACAGACAGGUCUUUUAAGCAGUGGUGGCCACAGUGGAUUAUGCCCUCCCCCUCACUGCUCUUUAUUCACCACCUGCCCCCUUUCUUCAUUAUUGUACCCUCUUCACGGUGCUGCCAUUGAUUCAUGUUCUGUCUGUGGGUGUAGUUUGUGCGCCUGAAUGUUCUGCUCGCCCCUUGCUGUUCACCAGGGCCCUUUGGUCGUGGUUCAGGUGUGACUGCACGUUUCUCAUCACACCCAAACAAAAGCCCCCUGCCUCAUGAAGGAUAAAUGCUCGGGGGCUCAGGUUGAGGCUUCAUGCAGCUUACGUUGCUAAUGAGUCAUGUCGGGGAACAAAGGGCCCUGAUCAAUGUUUGUUUCCUGCUUCUUUGGAAGCGCCAGUCUUGUUUCUGUUUCAUAUCAAAUGUGUUCAUAUGAAAAAGCUAAAUGAUGUGUUGUCCUUUUUAUGAUCAUAUUCUGUCUGCAUGGAAAUACAUCGCCACUACAUUUUCCAAACACGAUGCCUCACUGUGGACGCGACUGUGCAGGGAACUCUGUGAGUGGGAUAUUGCUGGAAUAUCCAUAUGAUAUGUAUGUGGGUACAUUAGCCAUGUGUGUUUUGUAUCCUGUUUUUAAAGGGAAUCUAAUUCUUACUCCAAUAAAUAGUUAU